AUGCAACCGACUACUCAAAUACUCGUCAAGCGAUUUUUCUCUUCGGAAACUGUAAUCAUCCGUUGGCUUCAAGUGUUCUUGCGACUCCGGGGCGACCGUGGUAUAUGGCGGAGCAGCAGUGCCUACGAAGAAAUCCAGCUCAUAAGAAAGACUUGCGAGCUAGCAAACUGCUCAUCGGACGUGAGUCGCAGGCUGAGUCUUCUUCUAGGCCCAAAUCACGGACGAUUUCGUAGAUGGAAGCGGUUCAUCACUUCAGGCACUGCCAAUGAUUUCCUCCCCGCUCUUCAUGUAGCUGCAUUCUUUGACUUUGACGGAUAUUUGGAAAAAGCUCUCCGGGCAGGUGCCGAUCGAAUUGAGAAGAGUCUCGAAAAACAAACCCCACUCCAUUUGGCAGCUCGAGGUGACUCUGUGAAUUGCGGCAAGAUUUUGUUGAAUCAUUGUGCGAAUAUCAAUGCUCGAGGAUGGUCAGGCACCACUCCACUUAGUUGGGCAAUCGAUGGUGAGAUAUACACGGAUGCAGCUGGAGAGGGUCCCUUUGAAAUGGCUUGGUUUCUUCUGCAGCACAAUGCGGAUCCAACACUCGGCCCAAGAACCCCACAUGAGCAUUCGAUUCCCAUCUCAUGGGCCUGCGGAUACCCCCAGCCAGAUAACCCCUACAUACUGGAACUGGUAAACGAAAUGCUGGACCGUGGUGCUUCGAUAUACAUCGAUGGAUCUCCAGGGUUUAGGAAGCCACUGCUCACCAGCGCAGUCAUUGCCAAGUCAUGCCGCCAUGAUCGAAGGGCUUUGCACUUGGCCGCUAGCGUUCCAUCACCCCAACUUGCAGCCAGCUUGACCGCAACGCUGGUCCAAAGGGGAGCAGACUGCAACGCCCGAUCCAGCGAUGGAUCACUGCCUCUUCACGAGGCGACCAGAUUCGGAAAUCUUGGCGCAAUGAAAGUAUUGAUUGCACAACAUGAGCGCCAUCAACUCGAUACCGAAGACGACCUGGGCAGAACACCGUUCACGAUUGCCGUCGAAAUGAAUUUCAAAGAGGGCGUCCAAGUACUGCUCGACGCUGGAAGUUCGAUGGAAAGCAGCCUUUGGAAAGUGAAGCGAAUCCAGAGAAGCCCGAGUCAGUUGGAGAAUGCCCGCCACACAUCGUAUGAGGUUGUGGAAAAACAAGCCGCCUCGUUCCCGCCCCACGUUGUUCGAAUGAUUCUUGACGAAGCUGAUUACUGGAUCAAGGCGACGUGCGGGCGUUAUGAAACACUGGAAUACGACGAGGACGAAGCGAACAAGCGGGCUGCUUACCUGGUCACUGAUGCCAUUUGUGGAGCUAGUCGCUUUCCCGUUCGCGAAAUCGUCGUUGUUGUUCGCAGCCAUGAUCAAGGAUGGAGUGAUUACCGACACCAGCAUGGGAGUUACGAAGGAUCAAUGACAUGGUUUGAUGUGGUCGUGCAAAGACCAGAUGGGUCGACACGCAACAUUGGGAAUCAUGGCCAGGGUGUUAUAACUAAUGUCCACGCUUAUGUCGAGGCACGAGUACACUUUGUCGUGUUCAAAUUCAUUCCGUCCAGAGGACGAACGUCGUGGCUGGGUCUGAUCGAGCCCGGCGAUAGGCUUGGUAUCGUUCCUCAAGCUCGGUAUCGGGGAUGGGUAAACUAUGUUGAGAGUGUGCGCAUUGAUGUUUUCUCGACCUUCAUCCUAGAGCGCGCUAGGGGGUAA